AUGGGCCAGACAGAGCGCCCGGAUGGCGAGCGGCUCUGCGACUACAUCUCACGCACGACUAUGCGCCAACUGACGAUGGAAACAUCUCUUGAAGAUCACUUGCACAAAUGCCACCAACAGGACCAAUCGCCUCUUUUCGGCCAGCUGCCAAAGGAGAUCCGAGACCUGAUUUUCUCGUUCGCCACGGAUCAGUACGAAGACAUGCAGAACAAAUACAGCGAGACUGCUUUUCACUAUCGACCCGGUAAUAGAGGUCCUCUGACAACCAGCACCAGUCUCCUCUCGACGUGCAGAAGAAUCUGGCUCGAGACCAGCCAACUACCCAUUCGCAAAUCGAAGAUCACCAUGUGGUUUGAAGACAAUCGCGGUCCACCAGCCUCGGAUCAGCCCAAAUAUGAAUUCUCCCGUGCUUGGACAAGUCUGAACAAGAGGAACUUCAACUCUAUCCACGUAUUCGCCCAAAAGCACGAGCUUGAUCGGAUGUUCCAUGGCCGCCGAUUGAAUUGGGCCCAUCAACAGAUAAUCCCUCGAGUCCUUCGAGUGACGAUGCGUCACACCGACUGGAACAGAUGGGAAGAUCCUUUGCCGCUUGAUUCCAGCCACUUUUGGCUGCAGAGAGCUCUGUAUAACCAUGAUUUGAGCACGAUUGACACAUUUCAUCUGGAGCUGGAAACGCUCGAAACAUACAAAGACCAAUUGCAGGUCAUCAUUGACCGCUUGAUGGACAUUCACGGUGCGCCUAGACCCUUAGAUCCGGUCACCGCACUCAUUAGGAGUGCGGAGCCGUACUUCUGGCACUGGGAUGGGCCGCCUACCAUCAACGAAGAGAUAUACCCUGCCCAUGCAGGCAUGGCCAGGCUACAGUAUCGUGUUGCAGUCAUGACAUGGAGAGCCAAACGCUCUGAGCCAGGCACCGUGCCGCCGCCCGCGACAGCCCAGCAUGGAGGUCGCCGCCGCCCCCUCGAUCCGCAAUGGAUUACUGGUCCGCCCGGACCAUGA